GCACUGAAGCAGCAAAGCUCAUGGAAUAAUUUAAAUAUCAAUCCGCCAAUUCUCGAUCAGGAAAGCAGAAAACACCACUACAUUGUCGCCGACAAACUCCGGUGAUUUCCGGUGAAAGCACAAAGUAUGGAGAGGAAGCAGGAAUUGGAGUGGGAAACAGCUCAGAGAACUGGAAUAAGUGUAGACCUUGUAUCCGCAGCCAAACAACACCUCGAUUUUCUCGCAGCCGUCGAUCGAAACCGUUGGCUCUACGAAGGACCAGGUCUAGAUAGAGCCAUUUACAGGUAUAAUGCUUUUUGGCUUCCCUUGCUCGCGAAACAGUCAGGAUCGCAACUCGUUGACGGUCCGUUGGUGGUCCCGUUAGAUUGUGAAUGGAUAUGGCACUGUCACAGGCUUAAUCCAGUCAGAUAUAUAUCGGACUGCAAGGAGUUCUACGGGAAAAUUCUUGACAAUCGGAAUGUUGUUUCUUCGGUGGGUGAAACUUCAAGAAAAGAAAGUGAAAAUAUUUGGAAAAGUUUAUACCCGAGUGAGCCCUACGAAUUGGAUUUGACCGGUACUAUUCAAGUUAAAAUCGGAGGAGAAAAAUUCACCAAGUAUGAUUUGAUCUCUGCUGUUCAAAGACAAACUCCGUUCUUUUAUCAGGUAUCCAGGCCCCAUAUGAACGAUAAUCGGUAUCUUCAAGAAUCUGUUGCUCGGUACAAAGGAUUUCUGCACCUAAUCAAGACGAACAAAGAGAGAUCCAUAAAGAGCUUCUCUGUUCCAACGUACGACAUCGACCUUAUCUGGCACACUCACCAGCUACAUCCAGUUUCGUACUGCAAAGACCUUGUGAAAAUCAUGGGAAAAGUUUUGGAGCACGAUGACACCGACUCAGACAGAACCAAAGGUCAGAAACUUGAUGUCGGAUUUUCCGGGACUGAAAAGACAUACGAAGCGAUGUAUGGUUGUAGAUAUCGUAGAGCUGGGGCUAUGUACCUAGGCCAAGCUCCUUCACCUGUCAGAACUAUUCCGUACUAUGGCAUUGUCAGCAAGAAGUUGCCCCCUUCCGAUGAAAACCAGAAAAUCAAACUUCCCGAGAUGAAAAUUCUGGAGGUCAUGUUGGAAUUUACGGGAGUGAGAAAUCUACCGGAGGGACACGAUGGAAAUCUCUUUUUGGAGUUCGGUAAGGCUGAACCCGACGCCAUUUUCAAUGCAAAGAAAAGUGUUGAGUUAUUUUCCGAAUUCGGGGAGAAACAGGUGGUUUCCUUCCAUUGUCAACCGACGGGGCAUUUGCUUUUUGAAAUUAUAUCGAAAUCAUCGAAAACUAUGGGGGCCGCUUCAAUAUCUAUGGAAGAUUUUGUCUCCCCACAUUGUAGUCUUACUGUAGAGAAAUGGCUGGAGUUGGUGCCGAGUUCAAAUACAAUAGAUUCUAAAGCAAUUGGCUUACGAGUGGCGGUAUCAGUUACUGUACCUACCACUGCACCGUAUGUACUUCGUAUGAUUCGCUCUCGGCUAUUCCCUAAAAGUUCGUGUCUAUUUCCACUGCCGAUGAGAAAGGUUCAAUUUGCUAAAAGUCGGACAGAUGUUGUUGAUGAAGCUGGAAAUUUGAUCAUGAGCCUACAAACGAGAGUUUCGAAAAAAUCUAAAGGCAAAAUCGGAAGUAUGAGAAGAGAGGUGGUUGGCACUACGGAAUCAGGCGAAAGAUGUAAAUUGGCUGUGUUCGCAGAGUCGAAAUGGUCGAUCGUAAAUUCUCCAUGGUCACUUAAGCUUCCAAAUAAAAACAACGAUGACGGCCACUUUUUGGAGCUCACUGGUCCUCACACGGUAAGACUAUUCCAUGGUGGAAGGCUGGAUUACGAGUCGAAGUACUGCCAAAAGCAUAGAAGCGAAAAUGAACUUGAACGCUGCGUAAUAACAGCAAUAGAAUUCUCUGAAGAAAACCCUUACGGUAGGGCGGUGGCAUUACUUGACUUGAAAUCCGGUAUUGUCAAGGUUAAAGAAGAAUGGUUCCUUUUGCCUGGAUUUAUGCUCGCCUUUAUACUUGGUAGUAUAUCGAGAAAGGAGGGUUAUAUUAGCAAUACAAUGGGGUUGGAAACUCUGAAGCAUAAAGGAUUGUCGAAUGAAGUUGAGGAGGUGUGUGUAGAGGCGAAAGUCGGUGGAAAUUGGAACGGAAAAUGUGGUGGUGGUGGUGGUGAGUGUGAGAAGCUUGAGUCCGGUGGAUGUGGUGGUUGUGGUGGAUGUGGUGGUGGUUGUGGAAACAUGGUCGAGGCCGGUGGUUGUGGUGGUUGCGGUGGUGGCUGUGGAAACAUGGCUAAAACUGGUGGUUGUGGUGGUUGUGGAGGAGGCUGUGGCGGCGGUGGCUGUGGAAACAUGGCUAAAACCGGUGGUUGUGGUGGUUGUGGUGGUUGUGGUGGCGGUGGUGGGUGUGGAAACAUGGCUAGAAGCGGGGGCUGCGGUGGUUGUGGAGGCUGUGGUGGUGGUUAUGAUAACGAACACCCAAAUCAAGCAGUCAAACCGGGGAAUGAGGUCCUUGUUGCAUGAAAUGUGAUUUUGUGCAUUAACAAGUUUUCAGCUACACUCUUGUGUGUGUGUGUGCGCGCGCGUGUGUGUGUGAGAGGUCUCCUUUAAUGUGUGCUGUAUAUAUGUGUGCAGCUUUGGAGUGCUAUUUGAUAUUGAUUUUAAAUCCCUCUAUUGUCCCCGUUUUAAAUGAAAUAAAGAUGUAUAUUGGCCUCAUAAUUUGAAUCAAACAGAUUUCAAGCAACUUUUGAGGCAGG